AUGACGGCAGUCCCUCGUCGUCAGAAAGAGAUUGAAGCCAAUCGAGUUCAUGAUUUUCUAGGAGGACUUGAUUCGCAGUAUAAUGGUGUUUUUAGUAGAAGUCUUGCUCUCAAUCUUGUCCCGCCUCCUCUAGAAGCUUAUGUCAUGGUCAUGGAGGAAGACACUCGUCAGUCUGCUAUGCUCGGGGGAGGUGCGAUGGCCCUAAAAAUGGAUCCUGCUCAGCAUGGUUACCCUGAUUGGUUUGUUGACUACAAAGCUCGUAUGUGUAGUCCCAAGACCGCUUGCACUAUGACCCAAGACAAUGCCAAUCCUCAGGCCCCGUCUGCAAAUUUGUGUGCUUCUAAGACUAUGCCAGGUAUGGGCUUCAAUACUUGGUUAAUUGACACUGGUGCUUCUGAUCAUAUGACUUGUGAUAUUAAUCUGUUUGAUGAGUUGUCUCGUACCCCUCGUGACCCAUAUAUUAUUAGUGCUAAUGGUUUACCUUCUCACGUUACCCGUGAAGAUCUCAAGACUCACGAGAUGAUUGGGCAUGGUAAACAGAACGGGGGAUUGUAUUACAUAACGUUACCGACUGCAGCAGUUCGUGAUUGUGUUGCUAAUAAAAUUCAGAGUGGCAGCAUUAUUCAUCAAACUACUACUCCAUUCACUCAUCAGCAAAAUGGGGUGUCUGAAUGCAAGAAUCGUCAGUUACUUGAAGUUGUCUGCUCCUUUAUGUUGGACAUGUCUGUUCCCCAUCACCUUUGGGGCCAUGGUGUUUUGGUCGAGGCCUAUUUGAUUAACUGUACUUCUAGUCAGGUUCUUGAUUUCAAGACUCCGCUUGAUGUGUUGUGUGCCCAUACAUCUCUAGUUUCUAUCUCUAAGUUGACUUCGAAGGUGUUUGGGUGUGUUGGUUAUGUUCAUGGGGAGAGAGAGAGUGAAUUGGAGAGUCUCAGAUUUAAGGAUCUUAGACUUAAUGAUGUAGGUGAGGAUAGUAUAGAUGUUGCUCUCGGAGAGAAAACGACUGGUCGCCCAUCUAAUAGCGACUGGUCGCCCAAGUCUGGAGCAGAAGAUGAUGCUCUUGGCUUUGAAAUGAUCAGUCGCGAAGAUGGUCACGACCGGUCGCCUAGCUAUGAAACUGAGAAUUAUGCUCUCUGUGACAAAACGAUCGGUCUCCUUGAGUAG